AUGACCAUGCCCACCGUCACCAUGCCCACCAUCACCAUCACGACCCAUCACGCUUUCGGAAUUUGGUUAACAGCUUCGUUGGAAUAUUCCGAAGAUGUCCAGGAUUUACCCCAGGAGCCAGAGCCGGCGGCACCUGCGUCUCAAAGAUUGCUAAAUUCUUCAACCUUGAAAGAUUUUGGAGAGGACAGAAAGAAGGAGAAACUAUCAAGGAGAGCCAAGCGCAUGGGAAGCUUACCUCAAGGUUUGAUUACUCUCGACGCUGAAUCCUCAGACGUGCAAGAAUCUCCGUCAAUAGGUGGGAAAAAGGUCAAAAAGGCCCAAGCAUCAAGUGAAGUAGAGCUUCUCCAAGGACUUCUUCCUUUGGAACCAUUGGAAAUUGAACAUGAGCCACCGCCAUAUCCGACCGUGAUCAUGCAAGCACGUAGUAAUAUGCUCAAAUUCGAGAAUUGCGUCGUUGUAACUCGUGUCGGUGGUUUCUAUGAAUUAUAUUUCGAGCAUGCGGUUGAGUAUGCCCCACUUCUAGGUCUCAAAAUUGCGCAGAAGAAGACAAACGCUGGACCUGUUUCCAUGGCGGGCUUUCCCUUUCAUCAACUUGAUCGUUAUUUAAAGAUACUUGUACAAGAUCUAAAUCGUUAUGUUGCUAUCUCGGAAGAGUUUCCACAUGAUCUUUCAGAAAAGGUAAAAUCUGGAGGCCUGAUGCAUGACCGAAGAGUCUCUCGGAUUGUGACACCCGGCACCCUCAUUGAUGAAGGUUUUAUGGAUCCUCUGUCGAAUAACUAUGUGCUUGCCAUACACGUGCAACAAGAUGAAACAGCUGAAGCCGUUGAACACGAGAGUCAUCAUAAAUCAAUUGGGUUGGCUUGGCUGGAUCUAUCGACCGGCCAUUUUUUCACACAACAAUCAUCACUCUUGCAACUUCCUUCUUUCCUGGCCCGUGUAGCCCCGCGCGAAAUCGUAUUGGCUGAAGAGAUGCAAUCCUUUAAGAGCCACCAACUAUUUACCAUUCUCACCGAUGAACACCACAUAAUCACUUAUGUAACACCAUCUGGAGUGAAGCCUAUAUCUGAGUGGACUCCUAUGCUGGAAUCAGCAGUGUCACCGUCCUCGGCCGAUGCCUUUUCGGAAGAAGAGGUGUCGGCUGGUAGUUGCUUGCUUCAAUAUGUUGAGACAAGAUUACAAAGCACAAACAUGAAACUUCAACCUCCGGUUCGCCAAUUGAAUGUGAUGGGAAUCGACAAGAAUACUAUGAGAGCCCUCGAGAUUAAAAAGACCAUCAAGGAUGAUACUUUCAGUGCAUCACCUUCAACAUCUUUGGAUGUAAUAAAUUCGCGACUCGAUGUCGUGACAUACAUGCUUGAAGUUGAGCCUCUGCGGGAACGAAUGAUAACUCUCCUGAAACGCAGCCACGAUUCUCAUCGCCUACUACAAAAAUUUGCAUUUGGUAGAGGAGAUGGUGAUGAUCUUCUCGAUCUGGCUAGCACAAUAUUUGCCACUCGAGAUCUCGCAUUCGCACUUGAAAUCCAGAAUGCCACAUCUGAACCUUGUAUACAGGAAUUACUCGCUCGUAUUCACCUCAAAGGUCCGAUGGAACUAGCCCAAGCAAUCACAGACGCCAUCGACGAAGACGGACUCGUACAACAGCAUCGUAUUGAAGAGGGUGAAAGUGGGGAAAUGCAGGCAUUGGCCGAAGCGAUCGUUGCUUCAGAAGGAACCACAGAAGAAACUUCCAUCCUCCGAAAAAGUCGCAAGAAACCCGCCAACAGCAUUCGCGAAUACUACAACCCAGAAAACGAAGCCUGGAUCAUGAAAUCAACGGCUACUCCGACCCUCAAACAUCUUCACGAAAAGCUCUCCUCUCUCUCUGAUCAGAAAGCCGCCCUGGCAGCUUCUCUUUGCGACCGUCUUGGCGCAACAAGUCUCACCCUUCGCUUCACCCCCGGCCUCGGCCACAUCUGCCACGUCAAAGGCAAAGAUGUAGAUCUCAAUAUGCCCGAAGCCCGUACCAUCAGUUCCAGCAAAAGUACGCGCUCUCUUCACCAUCCUGAAUGGUCAUCAUUAGGCCAAGAAAUCGAUCAAUGUCGCAUCCAUAUCCGAGCCGAAGAACAACGACUCUUCUACAAACUCCGCGAAUUGGCCAUUACCAACCUCAUUAAGCUUCGACGUAAUGCUACUGUAUUGGAUGAAAUCGAUAUUGCAUGUUCAUUUGCUACUUUGGCAGAUGAGAGGGGUUGGACACGUCCUAUCCUCAACACAAGUUCCGCGCAUAAGAUUAUUAGCGGGAGACAUCCUACAGUUGAGACUGGACUAGAGGAAGAAGGACGAAGUUUUAUCUCCAACGAUUGCCUCGUGGGAGAUGUUCAUCGGGCAUGGUUAAUCACAGGACCCAACAUGGCUGGAAAGAGUACAUUCUUGCGACAAAAUGCGUUGAUUACCGUUCUUGCACAAGUCGGUUCGUAUGUACCUGCCGAGUAUGCAGAGCUGGGAAUUGUGGAUCAUAUAUUCAGUCGUGUUGGAUCUGCAGAUAAUCUCUACCAAGAUCAAUCUACGUUUAUGGUGGAGAUGUUGGAGAGUGCGAUGAUCCUCAAAAAUGCGACAUCACGAUCAUUUGUCAUUAUGGAUGAAAUUGGUAGGGGAACAACACCUACAGAUGGUGUUGCGGUAGCUUUUGCAUGCUUGCAUCAUCUUUAUCAUGUGAAUAAAUGCAGGGCAUUGUUUGCAACGCAUUUCCAUGCAUUGGUGGAUCUGAUAGAGGAGGGUGAUAUGGACGCAAUGGGCUUCUAUUGUACAGACGUGGAAGAAGACGGUGGGGACGUGGACGGAGCAUUCAGAUACAUGUAUAAAUUGAAGGAGGGUAUCAACAAACAGAGUCACGCUCUCAAGGUUGCCAAAUUGGCUGGAUUGCCAAGAGAAGCUAUCGAGGUUGCUAGGCAGGUCUUGGGAAAAGAUAUUAAUUUCUGA